AUGCUCCGGAUUCUCUGCCUCCACGGCGGAGGGGGCACCGGACCGGGAUUCGAGAUCGGGUUUGCCCUGAGCGCGCUGGCUGCCGAGUUUGACCUCGUCUUCCCGACCGCUCCGCAAUCCGGGCUGUGGAUCCGCGACCCGCCCGGAGGGAAGGACGUGCCGACUGAGGAUGAGGAUUGGGCCAGUGUAGCGGUCACCCACCUCAACGAGAUCGUGCAGAGUCAGGGCCCCUUCUAUGCCAUCCUCGGCUAUUCGCAGGGAGCAGCUUUUGUCCCAGUCUACCUCGCUCAGGUGCCAUCGGGCACCUUUCAGCUCGCAGCACUGUUCUGUGGCUACCUCCCGACCACACAUAAUGGCCUGGUGCGCCGCAUCAACGCCCGUGCCCCAUUCGACGGUAUCGCCUCGCUCCAUUUUAUGGCGACUAAUGACCCAAUAAUCACCACCGGCAUGAGCGACGAGGCGGCGGCCAAGUUCUCCUCGCCAGUCGUGCUCGUCAGUCCGACGGCUGGCCACGCGCUGCCGAGCAGCAACGACCCAACCUACCCCAGGGACGGGAGUCUCUAUGCCCUGUGCCCAUACGGGCGCGACUGCGCCGACUGUGGUGCUCGGGUGGCACCGCCGCCGCCAAUGGCGCCGCCUCCGCUACCCGCGUUGUGCCCACCGGACAAGCAGUGGAUCGAAUGCGGGAGGGUGGGCCGCUGCAACAACGACGGAAGGUGCGCGGGCCGGACCCAGACUCACGAGGUGCGUUGCUGCUCCGACACGGAAAUCGGAGGCUGGAGCAAGCGCCACGCCAGCUGCCCGUGGGCAGAGUCCGACGACGGCAUGGGUGGCUGCCACCACAGCAAGACCUUCCCUGAGGCCGAGGCCAUCUGCGCGGCCGCUGGCGCUCGCCUCUGCACCAAGGAUGAGCUCACGUCGGACUGCACUCGCGGCACCGGCUGCGGCCACGACAGGGACCUGAUCUGGUCGAGCGGCGACACGGCUCCGGGCUCGGCGGGUGCAGAGGGUGAGCAGGAUGCGACACCAGAGGAGGACGGCAUGGAAGGGGAGGCGCCGAAGGCAGAGGAGGCGGGGAAGGAAGACGAGGCUGCCAAGCCAGAGGGCUGGAGCUCGAGCUGGGGUUAG